CCAGCCCUGCCGAGUCUUCCAACCUCUAAUUGUGUGUGUGUGUGUGUGUGUGUGUGUGUGCGUGUGUGUGUGUGUGUCCCAGGCUCCGUGGGAAAGCUCCAGCAGAGACGGAGGAGGAGAAGGAGAACACACCGGUGAAAAGUCCAGUCUGCAGCCGACACACGAGCCACCUGCCGCGGACUAUCUACCGGACACACACCGCUGGAUAUACAACUCCUGAAAGCUCCGGAGAAAAAGAUUUCACACUAGAAAAGUUGUUAAGAGAGCCUAUUCACCACUGUCCAGUUUUUUUGACACUUUUUUGGAAGUAGUAUUUGACUCAUUUUUGGGAGGGAUCAUUCAUUUUUUCCCAAUGUUGUGAGAAGGAAGGAAACUUACCUGAAACUUUGUCAUCAUCUCUUGGAUUAAACACACGGAAACAUCUCUCUAAAUCUUCCUGUUAAUACAAAAAUGUAACAAAACCGAUUCGUGUUCCUCAACAGAGCCUUUGCGGUGGUUUAAAAUAGUUUAAUUUGACACCAGGACUUCCGUAAAACCCCUAAAACAUCCCUGUAGGUAGACUAGUCCCUGUUGAUCAAUACUGAGUGACAGAUAUUUUAAUCUAAUUCACUCCUGUAUCGGCAUUUAUUUAUUUACUAUUUAUUAAUUCAUUUAUUCUCUAAAAUAUAUCACAGGGGAUAUAGAAAAAGUGUCUACCUUUCACUUCAGACGGGAAGAAACUUAUUUUUUUAAAACUUUAAUUAAACCUCCACGGUCCCCGGGGGAGAGGCAGACAUUCUCCCCGCCGUCCAUGCACCAUGAAGCGGCCGUGUGAGGACAGCAGCUCGGCAGAAAGUGACGCGGAGGAGACCAUCGAUGUGGGCAGAGAAAGCAUUUCUCCAGGAUACAUGAAGGCUUCCUAUAUGGGAUGCGGAUCACCAAAAACCACCACUCAAGUGAUGGCGAGGAAAAAGCGCAGAGGGAUUAUCGAGAAGAGACGCAGGGACAGAAUCAACAACAGUCUGUCGGAGUUACGGAGGCUCGUCCCCACGGCGUUCGAGAAGCAGGGCUCAGCUAAACUGGAGAAGGCCGAGAUUCUGCAGAUGACUGUGGACCACCUGAAGGUGCUGCAGGCCACUGGAGGGAAAGGUUAUUUUGACGCCCACGCUCUGGCGCUGGACUUCCUGUCUCUGGGUUUCCGGGAGUGUGUGACGGAGGUUUCCCGCUACCUGAGUGCUGCGGAGGGCCUGGACUCCAGCGACCCCCUACGCUCCCGCCUCCUGUCCCACCUCGGCUCCUGCUCCUUGCAGCGCGACGCCGCCGCCCUCGCCAUCAGCUCCUAUUCCCCACACCCCCAGCACCACCUUCAGCAGCAGCCUCACCCGUUCACUCACACCUUCCACCCCCACCACUGGGCCGCUGCCGUCGCCACGGCGGCCGCGUUCCGGCCUCCGGCGUACGGACUGAGCGGGCUGUGCGUUUCUCCGGACUCUGCGGGAGGCGGAGCCCCCCAGAGGCUGACGGAGGCGUCCCGCCGCAGCGUGGCAGACUCCACCACUUCUUCCUCCUCCGCUCACACCCCUCUCUCCGCCUCCCUCCUCUCUGCAUCGUUUCCCAUGGCCCUCCACGGAGGAUUCCCCAUGUUGCCUCCCACCUCCUUCCACUCCUCCACCACCGCCGCCACCACCAGUCCUCCCAUGUCUUCUUCUCCUUCCUCUUCGGCCCAGACCCCUCACAGCAGCAGCAGUAAGCCCUACAGACCGUGGGGAACUGAGGUUGGAGCUUUCUGACUGUUGACUAACCCUCAAACUCUUUUAA